GCGACCAGAGGGGCGCAUGGGCCCAGCCCCUCACUUGCCAGAGGCCGAGGAGAGGAGCCAAGGGCGCGGUGGGGUCCAAAUCGGGGCUCCUGCCUCACCUCUGGGAUAGACACGGGACCCCCUAACUUCUGUUGCCUCUCCCGAGACGCGCACCCGCAGGGUCGUGCGCUCUAGCCCGGCACACUCGCGCGCGGCACCAGCGCGCCCGGCGCCAGGUCUGGCCAGAGGCGAUGCGUGCAGGGGGCCGGGCAGCCGGGUUCGGGCGGCCGGAGUAGGGCCCCGCGGGGAGGCAGGGAGGCAGCGGGGUUAGAGCCCCGGCUGCGCGGCGGGCAGAGGUCCCUUCGCUCCACGCCACACCUGCCGCCGCCGCCGCCGCGCCGCGAUGAGCCGCGUGGUCUCGCUGUUGCUGGGCGCCGCACUGCUCUGCGGCCACGGCGCCUUCUGCCGCCGGGUGGUCAGCGGCCAAAAGGUAUGUUUUGCUGAUUUCAAACAUCCCUGCUACAAGAUGGCCUACUUCCACGAGCUAUCCAGCCGAGUGAGCUUUCAGGAGGCACGCCUGGCUUGUGAGAGUGAAGGGGGAGUCCUUCUCAGCCUUGAGAAUGAAGCAGAACAGAAGUUAAUAGAAAGCAUGUUGCAAAACCUGACAAAGCCAGGAACCGGGAUUUCUGAUGGUGAUUUCUGGAUAGGGCUUUGGAGAAAUGGAGAGGGGCAAACAUCUGGUGCCUGCCCAGAUCUCUACCAGUGGUCCGAUGGAAGCAGUUCCCAGUACCGAGGAUGUCAGAAUGGAGCAGGCGAAGUCACUGAGAUGUGUUCCUGCUGCUCUGUGCUUGGCAGAAACUGGUAUACUGAUGAGCCUUCCUGUGGAAGUGAAAAGUGUGUUGUGAUGUAUCAUCAGCCAACAGCCAAUCCUGGCCUUGGGGGUCCCUACCUUUACCAGUGGAAUGACGACAGGUGCAACAUGAAGCACAAUUACAUCUGCAAGUAUGAACCAGAGAUUAAUCCAACAGCUCCGGUAGAAAAGACUUAUUUUACAAAUCAACCUGGAGACACUCAUGAAAACGUGGUUGUUACUGAGGCAGGACUAAUUCCCAAUCUAAUCUAUGUUGUUAUACCAACGAUCCCAUUGCUCUUACUGAUACUGGUUGCUUUCGGAACCUGCUGUUUCCAGAUGCUGCAUAAAAGUAAAGGAAGAACAAAAACUAGCCCACACCAGUCCACACUGUGGAUUUCAAAAAGCACCAGGAAAGAAAGUGGCAUGGAAGUAUAAUAAUUCAUUGACUUGGCUCCAGAAAAGAAAAUAGAGUUUUGUAAUUCUGGAUCUGUAUAAGGAAUGGCAUCAGAACCUUAGCUUGGAAUGGCUUGAAAUCUCAAAGGAUGUCCAAAAUGAACUGUAAGCUCCCCCUUGAGGCAAAUAUUAAAAUAAUUUUUAUAUGUUUAUUAUUUCAUUUAUAAAAUAACGCUGUGCUAAUAAUGGAGUGAGACAUGCUUAUUUUGCUAAAGGAUGCACCAAAACUUCAAGUAAAUGGGAUGGACCAUGCAGAUUAAAUUGCUAUGAACACAUCAGAGAAGUAUGUGCAUUGGAAGCAGUUAUUUUUGUCUCUUUCACCUUUCAUAAGUUGUAAUCUAGUUAAUGUAAUGUAAAUUGCAUUGAAAUUUACAGUGUGCAAAAUAUUUUUCCUUUACAUAAGUGUUAGAUAAAAAUGGACUGUUCUUGUAUUUAUUUUCACAGUGUUUCAUUUUUCAAUACAUGCUGUUUUGAUUAAAGAAAUGUAUCACUGUUGUCAACUGAAUUCACACACACAUAAAUAUAUUACCAUAGAAAAAGUUCCUUUUCUAGGAAUGGCUCAUCUUCUUUUAGUUUCUCUGCUUUGGGUCAGAGUAUGUUUAGGAAAUCUCUUCAGAAAUAAGAAGUUAUUUCAUUAACCGUGGUAUAAAUCUAGUCAAAUAUUUUACUUGGAGGCAAGAAUUGUCUAAUUUCAGUUGUGCAAGACAUGUGCCUUACAAUUAUUUUGCAUUUAAAAUUCAACAGAUUUUGUAAUAACUUUGUUAAUAGCUGUAUAAACAGUAAUAUACUCAAUCUAGAGCAACAAAAGUGGCAUACACGAUAUAAAUCAUAGAUCUUCACGUGUUGCCUAUGUAACCACAAGUAGCUCUCUGAGGGUUCUGGAAUCGAUUUGGCCCCUACCUUGCCAACAAAGCAAAGAUGGUUGUUUGGGGUCUGGGAUUGACCCUGGAGGCCGAUACCUACAGAGUUUGCCUAAGGUUUUUCCUAGCUCCGUUUAGCCUCUGUCAGCACAUAAGGCGGUUUUACAGUUGGGACUAGUUGAGUGGUCACCACUAGUGUGCAGUUAAGCACAGCACACUGACAUUUCCGCAAGGAAAGAAACUGAAUUAGUAUAAAAAUGGGUUGGAGGGCAUCAAUGAUCACGUGUUCAUUGUCCAUGUUUGGCUGAGAGAGUAAACUGGGGUGCCUCUGUCCUACCUUCUGGUUUCUUCAAUGCUUGUGGCUCCUUCUUCUCUAGAGAGAGUUGUAACUAUCUGGUCUUCAAAUGUCUCUGUGCUCCUUUUAAUCAAAUAAAAAGUUCUUGUUUCUGAAGAAUGAU